CCGGCUGCUGCUGACCCACCCGCCCCAGACCUAGACCCGACCCGGCCCUGCUAGCCCGAGACCCGCCAUGCGGGCCCCCAGCGUGACUCUGUGGCUCUUCCUGGCGCUGCGCACUGUGCUCAGCGGGAUGGAGGUGCGGUGGUGUACCACCUCAGAUCCAGAGCAGCAGAAAUGCAACAACAUGAGCAACGCCUUCCAGGAAGCCGGGAUCCAGCCCCCCCUCCUCUGCAUACAGAGUACCUCAGCUGACCACUGUGUCCAGCUCAUCACGGCAGGGGAAGCUGAUGCCAUCACUCUGGACGGAGGAGCCAUCUAUGAGGCAGGGAAGGAACACGGCCUGAAGCCUGUGGUGGGCGAAGUAUAUGAUCAAGAAGUGGGCACCUCCUACUAUGCCGUAGCUGUGGUCAGGAGGAGCUCCAACGUGACCAUCCACACCCUGAGGGGCGUGAAGUCCUGCCACACGGGCAUCAACAGGACGGUGGGCUGGAACGUGCCCGUGGGCUACCUGGUGGACAGCGGCCGCCUCUCUGUGAUGGGCUGCAACGUGCUCCAAGCUGUCAGCAACUAUUUUGGGGGCAGCUGUGUCCCUGGUGCAGGAGAGACCAGUUACUCCGAGUCCCUCUGCCAGCUUUGCAGGGGUAAUGGAGCUGGGGAGGGAGUGUGUGACAAGAGCCCCCUGGAGAGAUACUACGACUACAGCGGGGCCUUCCGGUGCCUGGCAGAAGGGGCCGGGGAAGUGGCCUUUGUGAAGCACAGCACGGUGCUGGAGAACACGGAUGGGAACACCCUGCCCUCCUGGGACCAGACGCUGCUGUCACGGGACUUCGAGCUGCUGUGCCGGGAUGGCAGUCGAGCUGACGUCACCGAGUGGAGGCGAUGCCAUCUGGCCCGGGUGCCGGCUCAUGCAGUGGUGGUCCGGGCUGACACAGAUGGGGGGCUCAUCUUUCGGCUGCUCAAUGAAGGCCAGCGUCUGUUCAGCCAUGAGGGCAGCAGCUUCCAAAUGUUCAGCUCUGAGGCCUAUGGCCAGAAGAACCUGCUGUUCAAAGACACCACCUCAGAGCUGGUGCCCAUCGCCACGCAGACCUACGAGGCGUGGCUGGGUCGCGAGUACCUGCACGCCAUGAAGGGCCUCCUGUGUGACCCCAACCGGCUGCCCCCCUACCUGCGCUGGUGUGUGCUGUCCACUCCUGAGAUCCAGAAGUGUGGAGACAUGGCUGUGGCCUUUAGCCGGCAGAAGCUCAGGCCGGAGAUCCAGUGCGUGUCAGCCAGCUCCCCCCAGCACUGCAUGGAACAGAUCCAGGCCGGCCAAAUCGACGCAGUGACCCUGAGUGGCGAGGACAUUUAUACCUCCGGGAAAACAUACGGCCUGGUUCCAGCGGCCGGGGAGCUCUAUGCCCCCGAGGACAGGAGCAACUCGUACUUCGUGGUGGCUGUGGUGAGGCGGAACAGCUCCUACGCCUUCUCCCUGGACGAGCUCCGGGGCAAGCGAUCCUGUCACUCGGGCUUCGGCAGCCCUUCGGGCUGGGACAUCCCGGUGGGCGCCCUCGUGCACAGAGGCUUCAUCCGGCCCAAAGCCUGCGACGUCCUCACAGCGGUGAGCGAGUUCUUCAGUGCCAGCUGUGUGCCCGUGAACAACCCCAAGGACUACCCGUCCUCGCUGUGUGAGCUCUGCGUGGGGGACGAGCAGGGCCGCAACAAGUGUGUGGGCAACAGCCAGGAGCGGUACUAUGGCGACAGCGGAGCCUUCAGGUGCCUGGUUGAGAAUGCGGGGGACGUGGCCUUCGUCAAGCACACCACCGUCUUCGACAACACGGAUGGCCACAAUUCUGAGCCCUGGGCUGCUAGGCUGAGGUCGGAGGAUUACGAGCUGCUGUGUCCCAACGGGGCCCGGGCUGAGGCGUACCAAUUUGCAGCCUGCAAUCUGGCACAGAUGCCGUCCCACGCCGUCAUGGUCCGGCCCGACACCAACAUCUUCACCGUGUACGGACUGCUGGACAGGGCUCAGGACCUGUUUGGCGAUGACCACAAUAAGAAUGGCUUCAAAAUGUUCGACUCCUCCAACUAUCACGGCCAAGACCUGCUUUUCAAGGAUGCCACAAUCCGGGCAGUGCCUGUUGGGGAGAAGACCACGUAUGGAGACUGGCUGGGCUCCGACUACGUAGUGGCUCUGGAAGGGAUACUGUCUCAGCAGCAGUGCUCAGACACAGCGGCCACUGCCCCCAGGGUGUCCCUGCUCCUGCUGCUGAUGUUGCUCCCGCUGUCCCUCCCGGCCUGCCUCCUCCCAGCCUCCCUCUGAAGCAGCUCCUGGGCGGCCUCAUUCUCCCUUGGAAUGGAAGCCUGUUUGGAAGUCUGUGUGCGUAAAGCUGUUCUCAGUCAAUCCAGUUAACACUACCCAGAGCGAAAUGUGUGAUGGGAGAGAGUGCGAAACCGUAAGCUCCUCAGAGCCGUGAUUCCGAUACCAAAGAGAAGUUUCUGUGCUUGCUUCCAACUGGAAGAAAGAUGAAUGUUAAAGAAAAGUCCCCCAACCUCAAGUUGGACUCUCCACCUCACGUCAAGGUCUCUCCUGCUGGAACUCAGCCUCUGCCUCCCAGGCACCACCUGUCCCUCUGCUACCUGAGGUGGUGAGCUGGCGGCCUCCCAGUCACGCCCCACCCACAGGCUGGCACAGCCGCUUCCCUGAAAAUCUGCAGGCUCCCACCACAUGGAACCUCACCAGGCUUGGGUUUGGAAAAGGCCAGUUACCAAGGAAACAGGCUGCGCCCAGGCUUCCCACACGGCCCUCUCUGCUGGAAUUUGCCCUGCUGAGCCACCCAGGGAGCCUGGCUCUCCAAUGCCAGUCCCACCACCCUCUGGAGAGUAGACCGCCCCCCGCCUCGCAUCAGCUCACCCUCCCUGCUCUGUCUGUCCUCUGGCCUUCCAGUCUCUCUCCCGAGGGCCCUGUCUGUCCACCCAAGCAUCCAGCAGAUGAGGCUCCAUCCAGGCCCUCCAAUGAGGCAAAGCUUCUAGGCAAGGGCAACCUCUUGUUUUCUGGGCUGGGGAGAGGAGGGAUGCAAGGGAUGGCGCAUAGGAAUGAAACCCCCUCGGGGUCGGCAGGUAAAGCAAGUGCUCCUCAGUCAGAAUUUCUGCUAGGUAUAGAGGCUAGAUGCAAGGCUGUGGGUCCAAAGCCCUACCUAAACACCUGUCUGCUGUAAGGAGGGCAGCCCCACAACUGAGCAUGCUCUGCUCUGUGCUGGGGUUACGCCCCGUCAGCAGGAACCCCCACCCUGAGGUUCCUCCUUCUGGCGUCCACCUCAGAUAAAUUCUACCCUGCUCUGAGGCCCUCCACUCCUCAGCUACACUGUGUAUCUAACAGCCCCUGUUGCCUCUGGAAAGGGUGCAGCUCUGGGGACUGUCCAGGGAGCUGCAGGCCUGGAGCAGGGGUGGCCAGGGUCCAAAAGCCCGUGUGAAGCCCUCUAAGCUGCCAGGAAUAGAGCAGCCACAGGUCCUGAGGGACUCUGUCUGCGGCGUGAGCGGGCAUCUCCACGCCAGCCCUGCCAACUGGGCCCUGAGGACCACUCACUCCAGAGAAGGCCCCUCUUUUCCCACCCCUGUGAAAAUCAGCAGAGUGCCUGGAGAAGGUCUUUUCUCUUCUCCAUUACUGCCACGGUUGUCUGAGAAGCGAGAAAAAGUUUCCAGAACUGCCAGCUCUUACUCUGAAUUUGCUCCCUGGAAAAGUGAAAAAGAGAAGAAACAGGAGCAAGCCACCCUCGUCAGCAGACUGGGAGCUGCGUGGGCCUGGAGCUAUUUGUGUCCCAGUCUGCGGGGGCCUUAGGGACGCUGAUGACAGGCCGGGCUUCCAGUGUUUCGCCCCCACCGGUGGGCGUUGGGACUGAUCCCUUCCAUCUCUGAGCAAUGAAGGAGGCCGCUGGCAGCGUUCUGGCCGCAGUCACACCGUCCGCAGGAGUCCUGGCCACCACGCCAGGGGACCCCUCACCCCACCUCCAGGGGCCAGAAGAGCUGGCCUCUGCUACCAAGCUUCGUCCCUCCACGCUGGGGGGAGUCAGUGAUUCGUCUCUUCUCAGACCUGAUGAUUGCUUGAUUUAUUUUUUUAAGGGAGAUUUGUGCAAUGAGAAGUAUAUUUCUGUGUGGCUGCCAUGGGCCAGGGUGUAACUCAGGAAGCGACACCUGUACUACAGGCCACCGGGCAUGACCUACCUGCGUGAGUGCUGUGUGAUGUUUGAUUGUCAGGAGACAGCAGGGGGCCACUGCUGUAUUCGUGCUAAAAAAGAGGAUGGUUUGUUUUUUUAAAAUAAAG